UUUCAACCCAGCCUAUUAUAAAUAGGCUUGGGGGGAACACCAUUUCAUUGCAGCAAGCUAGAUGGAGAAAAUGGAGGAGAAUAAAAGUAAACAAAACAAUGUUAAAAGGCCCAAGGGAGGAAUGAUCGCCAUGCCCUUCAUUUUCUCAAACGAGGUGUGUGAGAAGUUGGCCGUGGUAGGAUUUUAUGCUAAUAUGAUUAGCUACUUAACAACGCAGCUUCAUAUGCCGUUAACCAAAGCAGCCAACACUCUCACAAACUUCGGCGGAACUGCAAGCUUGACACCAUUGCUUGGGGCUUUCGUCGCCGAUGCAUACGCCGGUCGUUUCUGGACUCUAACUGUUGCCUCCAUCAUAUAUCAAAUAGCGAUGACAUCUUUAACGCUAUCAGCAAUCAUUCCACAACUUAGACCACCGCCGUGUACAGGUGAGCAAGUGUGCCAACAAGCUACUUCAGGACAACUGGCACUCCUAUACGGGUCUCUCUUACUGGGAGCCUUGGGAUCGGGCGGGAUACGGCCUUGCGUGGCUGCAUUUGGAGCAGAGCAGUUCGAUGAAACAGAUCCAAAGCAACCAACCAAGACAUGGAAAUACUUCAACUGGUACUAUUUUGUGAUGGGGGCAUCCAUCCUAGCGGCUGUCACAGUGAUUGUUUAUAUUCAAGAUAACAUCGGAUGGGGAUGGGGCCUUGGAAUACCCACCAUUUCUAUGUUUCUCUCCAUCAUUGCAUUCGUCCUUGGAUACCCACUUUACAGACACAUGGAUCCGGUGGGGAGUCCAUUUACCCGGUUGCUACAGGUCUCUGUGGCAGCUUUCAGGAAGAGGAAUUUGACUAUGGUUUCUGAUCCAAACUUGCUGUACCAGAAUGAAGAGCUUGACGCAUCAAUUUCUAUCGACGGAAGGCUUGUCCACAGUAAACAAAUGGCAUUUCUUGACAAGGCAGCCAUUGUGACUGAAGAAGAUAAUGUAAAAGCUCCAAAUCUAUGGAGACUAAACAGUGUUCAUCGAGUGGAGGAAUUGAAAUCUUUGAUCCGAAUGGGACCAAUAUGGGCAUCAGGAAUCCUCCUCAUCACAGCCUAUGCUCAGCAAGGCACAUUCUCCCUCCAACAAGCCAAAACCAUGGACAGGCACCUCACCAACUCCUUCCAAAUCCCUGCUGGUUCCAUGUCUGUCUUCACCAUGCUAGCCAUGCUCUCCACCAUAGCCUUGUACGACCGCUUUUUAAUCCGCAUUGCCCGAAGGUUCACAGGGCUGGACCGCGGCAUCACCUUCUUGCACCGGAUGGGAAUCGGGUUUUUGAUCUCAGUAUUAGCCACUCUCGUAGCAGGGUUCAUAGAAGGGAAGCGUAAACAAGCAGCUGUGGCACAUGGGCUUGAGGACAAGCCUCAUUCUAUCAUCCCCAUGUCAGUCUUUUCGCUCGUGCCUCAGUACGGUCUACAUGGAAUAGCUGAGGCUUUCAUGUCAAUUGGACGCUUGGAGUUCUUUUAUGAUCAAUCACCAGAAAGCAUGAGGAGCAGCGCUACUGCUUUGUUCUGGACUGCAAUUUCAGUUGGGAAUUAUGUGAGUACGUUGCUGGUCUCUUUAGUGCACAAAUAUAGUGCUAAACCUGACGGAUCAAAUUGGCUCCCAGAUAACAAUUUAAACAAGGGGAAAUUGGAGUUGUUUUACUGGUUGAUCACCGGCUUGCAAGUGGUUAAUCUUCUUUACUAUAUCUGUUGUGCCAAGCUCUAUACUUAUAAGCCCAUUCAAACCCCUACCAAAGACGCUGAAUCUGAAGAAGCUGCAAGCAAGGUUUGAUUAUUUUGGAUUCCCAGGUUCUAGUCCUAGCAAUGACUGUAUCAAAAUAAAAAUAAAAAUAAGGUUGAAAUUUAGUAAA